AUGAGGCUUAGUCAUGUCGGUGGUGCCUUCGUGAGCCUGCUCCAUGCUGUGUUCCUUUCCUUUUACACGGACUUGUUUCUGAGGCAGCACAUACCGGCCGUGGGCCACGGUUUCGCCAACGUCGAGGAGGGCACCGUAGGAAGUGACAGUCGUGCCACUUUGUGGUAUUUUGUGCUUGGCCAGCUUCUAUACGCCUUUUGGAACGGCGUAAAGGAAGUGGCAUUUGAGAGGCGCUGCGGAAAUGUGUAUUCCUAUUCGGUCACGCGCGUCCAGAUGUGGCGACUAUCGUGUUGCGGUCCUAUUUGGGCGAUGGCAUUCGCAUUGCUGUGGUUCCCUGUUAGUGCGUCACUCUUGCACCCCGCCGUGCGCUUUACGCUAAUGAUGGCAGUGUACGACAAACUCUUGGGCCUUUGUAGGACGGCGCUGGAGACUCUGUCUCGGGGGGAGCUGCAACCGGGCGACCUCGGCGCUGAGGUGUACGACGUGCUGGGCGGAGUUGCCGUCGCUCUGGCGUGUUACUUAAGCGAGCUGGAGAGCACUGACGGGGAUGCUUUCUCAGCAUUCCGCUGGUUUACAACAAUAUGUGCGAUUGCCGCGGCGCUUGCUCUCUACACCUGCGGUCGCCAGCAGCUCAAGACGGAGGAGACGGUGUGGGUGGAGGGCACGCCGGAGAGUUUGCAGGACUUGAAGCUGUUUGCGCAGCAGACCCUGAACCGCUGCAGUAUGAAAGCCGCGGUGUUGCUGUGGACACUGCAGGAAUACAACGACGUUUUUGCGACGUGCUUCUUCAACGUCUUCUUGACCAUGUGCAGCAGUACUGUGUCCCUCCCCGUACGGGCCCUCAUGCUGCUGCUGGCGUAUGUGACUCCGCAUAUGGUCAUUGCCGCCGCCGUUCCAUUCCUCAAGGCUAUUGGAAAGAAGCGUCUGGUUAGUGUUCUUUUGUUGUUAAGGGCGUCUGUGGGCGCACUUUUUAUCGCAGUAGCUCUGUGCGAUCGUGCACUCGUGUUUCACGGGGAUGUGAAGACGUCCUCGAGGUUCGUCAUACUCUUGCUAUUUUCGAACCGUCUAUUGACGGACACGGUCAGCCACGUCCAGUCGUUGGUCCUUAGCGACCUCGUUGACGAGGACACCGUCAUAUUUGCUCGUCUACACCGAAUGACGGCUCCAACACAACAACUUCUCACGAUAGUGUCAAAGCCGUUUCAGUCCUUGUCGCUGGCGCUGACGUGCCUGCUACUGGUACACAUGUGCCAGGACAAUGCAACCCGCCUCGAGGGCGCUGCGUGGCUUGCCGGCGGCACGGCAUUUUUCACAUCGCUGCUGGCGUUGUGGGGCUGGGGUCUGUAUUACAACCUCGACGGGUACCAUCUGCAGUUUGUGCUUAUGGCGGUGCGUAAACGCGCCGAUGGGGACGUACCGGUGGUGUGA